AUGCAGCUGGCUAUAGUGAGGAUUAUCAGGCUGGAGGUGGAGGAAAACGAGAUGAAUCUGUCGAUGAGCCAAGACGCGGGUACGACGUUGAGGCGUUUCCAAGAAUGGCAGCGUAGCAUGAAUCCCGCCGACGAUUCUCAUCCGAAUCACCACGAUUGCGCGCUUCUCAUUAGCAAGCUAGACAUCUGCGUCUCUCGUGAUCUCUGCGGCUUCACCGGGACGUCCACGAUUGCCGGGACGUGUGAUCCUACGAGAGGCGCGGCCAUUGUGAGAGACGCCGGCCUGCCGACCGGUUAUCACAUUGCUCAUCAGAUAGGCCACACGUAA